CGCUCACAAGAAAGAGCCUCUGAUUCAUCGCAUUGUAGUCCAUUAGCUAUAUAUUUUCCGAGUUUCCUCUCUUUUUCUUUCUCGUCCAAGAAUAUGAUUUCCCGAACCGCUGUUUUUUACUCCGUGGCAUCCCUAUUGUUGAUGAUCCUGGCCGACUCAUCGUUAGCCUUCACGCCUCCCCGGCCGUCGUCUCCAGUUGUUAGCCAGUUCACCCAAGCCACGUUUUCUGCUAAAAAAGGCAAGGAAGAUUUGAGCUAUAUUGAAACACGAGACAUGACUCGGGAAGAAAUGCAAGCGUUGAAUAAACAGAAUGAAGACAUUAUGAACGCAGAGUUGAUUGGUAUGACCGUUUUUUCGUUAGUCCUCAGUGUUCCUAUGCUAUACCUGGUGUGGGUCGGCUUUUUCUCCGAGACGGCGGGCGACUUUGAUUUGUGAUUCCUACUCGAUGCUUCUCGUAUGUCAAGAUUACCCCAUUUGUGCAACGAAUGAAGUAAACUUUGGUCGAACUUCCUCAUAGAUUAAGAUGACACAAAAUCUGCGUUGGUCCUCACGCGGACGGGAGGCAUGCUGUUCGUCUAUCCUUAUUUUGACAGCCCAUCUUGGUCAUAUACGGGCAUUUAAGUAUCUUUAGGGUUUCAUUUUCUUUUGAUU